AAAAUUAGUUUUUAGACAUUUGACAAAAAAGAUGGCAGCGAUCGCCGACUGCUGUCCUUCGUAUUUACUGUGAAAAUGGCGCAUUAUGUGAUAUUCUCACAUAAAAUAGUAAUUUUAAGUGAAAAAUUAAGUGCUGGUGCUUUGUGAUAGUGUGUGUGUUUUUUAUGAAUUACUGUGAUUUUUGUGUGUAAAUAAGACAUCGACUUUCAUCUGGAUAUUGGAUUACACAUAAAACUAAGUCACAAUGGUGGUGGGCGAGAACAAGCGCACCAACAUCAUGGACGGCAUCGAGAACACGGGCGACGUGCGCCUGCACGACCACCGGCUCAGGCUCAAACAGAGGUUCGACAUAGUCAGAAAGCUGGGCCAGGGCACGUACGGAAAAGUGCAGCUCGGCAUCAACAAGAAGACCGGCCAGGAGGUGGCCAUCAAGACCAUCAAGAAGUGCAAGAUCGAGUCCGAGGCCGACCUGGUGCGGAUACGCAGGGAGGUGCAGAUCAUGUCCUCGGUGCGGCAUCCCAAUAUUGUGCAUAUUUAUGAAGUAUUUGAAAACAGUGAAAAGAUGAUUCUUGUCAUGGAGUACUGUUCGGGCGGAGAACUGUACGACUACCUCAGCCAGAAGAAAGUAUUACAAGAGGACGAAGCUAGAAGAUUAUUCCGCCAAAUUGCCACAGCAGUAUACUAUUGCCAUAUACACAAAAUUUGCCAUAGAGAUUUGAAAUUGGAAAAUGUAUUAUUAGACGAAACAGGCAGUGCUAAGAUAGCAGACUUUGGACUGUCGAAUGUAUUUAAAGAAACGGCUCUGCUAGCGACCUUCUGUGGGUCUCCGUUGUAUGCGUCCCCAGAAAUAGUCAAAGGGACCCCUUACAUCGGACCUGAGGUGGACUGCUGGUCGCUGGGCGUCCUACUCUACACUCUAGUCUACGGCGCGAUGCCGUUCGACGGCUCCAACUUCAAGCGGCUGGUGCGCCAGAUCAGCAACGGCGACUACUAUGAGCCUAAGAAUCCUUCCAGUGCGUCCCCGCUAAUUCGUGACAUGCUGACAGUGGACCCGCUGAAACGUGCCGACAUCGUAUACAUCUGCGACCAUCCCUGGGUGAACACAGGGUGCUCCACGUCGUGCCUGGAGGUGUCGGAGGCGCUCGCGGCGGAGACGCCGGUGCGCCUGGACCUGCUGCUGUCGCUCGCGCCGCCCGCCGCCAGCUCUGUUUGCGUGCCUAGCGAGACGGAGCUAGGCGCGGCGGAGAGCGCGACGGACCUCACGCUGUCGAUGGCGGUGGAGCCGAGCAACUCCGCCGAGAAGAGGAUCUUGGAUUUGGUUGCAGAGGGCGGCGAGGACGCGAUCAAGCCGUCGCCGACGCGCACCCUAGUGUCGGCCGGCGACAACAAGCGCAAGCUCGAGCUGGCCGCCUCCGCCGCCGAGCUCACCAGGAAGAAGGAACGAGUCGCCAGUUCGGCGCGCAUACCACAAUCAGCCACAGUUGACGUGCUGAGUGAAGAAAGCUUGGAGCCGCCGCCGCCGCCUAGUGUGCCCCCGCCUGACCUCACCCCGCCCCCUGCAGAAGGUCCAGACCUGGUACAACCGACCCUAAAAUCAUCGGCGACCAUAACGAUAAACCCGGGUGCCUCCAAAACACCAGAAGAAGAGACUUCGCCACCGCCCAAAGAACUGCCCAAAGAGGAGGUCAAGGAGAAGCCGGCCACAGUCAAACCCAAGGUCACUAUCAAGAAGAAACUCACGAAGGCAGCCUCGGAGGAGAAACCGCCGACGGAAAAGCUUGAUGAGCCCAAGGAGGAAGUGAAGCCGAGCUCCGUGGCGGCGGCGGCGGACAAGCUCACGUCGCUCACGCUCGCGCAGCCGGCGCCCGCGCAGCCCGCACCCAAGCCAAAGAAAUUCUCUAUUCCUGGCGGCAGCGUCGGCAGUUUCAAAGAGCAGUUCGAGAGGCGCGCGUCCCUCACGUCUCCUGAAGCUAAGAGGACGGUCACCAAGCCAGUGGUAUCAAAGAUCGCUAAACCGAAGGCUCAGAGUGAGGAUCGCGAGCUUCAGACAAAGACCCCUGAGGGCGGCUCCGUCAGGCUGCAACAGAUCGGCAUUGAACCUUCACCGGCGCCCCAGGAUUGCAUGAUCAGCGGCGGAGUGAAGAAGACGGAGAGCGAGCCGGCGCACAGCUCCGCCGCCGACCCCUCCGCGCUGCUGCAGGACGCCAGGAGAAGUCUCCAGAACUCGAUGGCCAAGCUGGUGGAAGAGAAGGCGGGACAAGAGGACACGCGCCGCCGCGCCGCCGCCCGCGACAUCAUCACGUCAGCAAUACGUACUGGCAAGCCGCCGGUCCCGUACGGGCGGUCCUCAUCCGCCGGCGUGACGUCACUGGCCUCCCCCCCCGCCACGCCCGCCGCCGCCCCCCGCGUCUACCGCACGGAGGCCCAGCACAGCGUUAACGACCAUCGCAACAGCAGCAGGGGUACAUCAGUGGAGCGGAUCAUCCCCAUCCAGGUGUCUCCGGAGAGCCCGACCGCCGCCGCGCCGCCCCCGCGCCCCGCGCCCGCCCCCGCCGCCGCCGCGCCCCGCGCCAAUCAAGUGCCACUCAGGCGUCUAAUCUCCUCCGAGUCCGGCGCCAGCGAAGCGUCUUCCUCCCCGAGCGGAGAGCCCAUCAAGAAGUCAGCUAGGGAGUUCAUCAUACCCAUAGCGGUGGAGGGCAAGGGCUACGUGACCCCGCGGCAGGGUAGUCUGGAGCCGGAGUCUUCGAGCAACCUGAGCGGGCUGAGGCAUACGAGGGUUGGCAAGCCUAGGAGGAUUAGCAGCCUCGUGAGCGGCGGAGAGUCAGAGGAAGAAGACGAAUCUCACAUGCACAGACUUAGGUCGAGCCGCGCGGCGCGCGCCGAGUCGGUGAGCUCGGGCGAAGAGGAUGAGGAGGACGAGGGCUUCCACCUGCUCACCGCCGAGAACCUGUUCUCCACACUGCUGCACCGGGUGCGAGCGCUGACGAACCGCCUCAACGGCGAGGAGGGCCCCGGCUUCCCGCAGCACCCGCACUCGCUCUUCAACAACAUGCAGUCGCCCUUCUUCAACAGCUCUCAUUUAUCACGGAGACACAACGCUUUCGUUCAUAGAUAUGUGGAAAGUAAACGAAGUGUUUCGGAAACACGCGAGGGCUGGGGCAGCCGCGACAUGCACGCUGAUUUCGACUCCAUGUUCAACAAGACACGUCAGAAUUUCCCGCGAGUUGGGUUGCGCGUUACACUGCAUGCUCCGACCAAAUCUUCACAUCACAGCGGCACCGGCGCAAACGACAAAUCAGCCACAAACGCCACACAACAAUGUGGAGGGGGAGGGGGAGGGGGGGGCGGGGAGGGCGCGCUGGACCUGUCGGACCUGGACCUGAGCGCGAUUCGGUUUAGCGAGCGCGAGCUGGAGGCGCUGUCGGGGCUGACGCCGGCGCUGUCGCGGCGCCUGCAGACACAGCUGCUGGCGCACCUGCCGCCCGCCGCCGCGCGCCGCCUGCGCCGCGCGCUGUCGCUGCAGCCCGUGCGCGCGCCGCCGCCGCCGCCCGCCGUCUGCACGCUGCCGCGCCGCCGCGCCGCCUCCCGCGAGGCCACGCCCACCGCCGACCACGACAAAUCCACCAAGGAAUCCAGCCAAUCACGAGGCAGCAGCAUCAGAAGCACGCCCGACCGCUCCCUGCUCAGCAAGUAUUUAACGCCCGAAAGGACCUUCUCGCUCGACGAGUCGUACUCCUCGGAUAAUGGCAGUAUUCUGUCGGAGCCGAGUUACAUCGCGGCGUACGGCGCGCCCUCCGGCCCCGGCCUCGCCUCCCGCCGACACAGCAUGCGCGCCAGCAACACCAGCACCAGUACCGACCAACCAAAAAAACGUAUCUCACGGUUCCUCAGACCAGACUUCUUCGAUACACCGCCCGACGAAAGCCAAUACGCUAGACUUAAGAAAGAGAAAGAACUGGAAACUCAGAAAAUAUUAAAGGAAAUCAGGGAGAAGAAGAACAAAACGCUGAACACACCGCCACCGACUGGCAGCAGUUCCGUUGACUCGAGCGAGUCUCCCACGCCUAAGGACGACGGCGGAUUCGCCCGAAAGAAUCUCAAUUCCAACAGUCUCCUGACUGCUAAAGAGAGGAGCCGAUCUAAUACUCCAUUUUUCCCCAUUCUAGACAAGAUAAAAGAAACAACAUUGGACACUAGAAAUAUAGAAGCGAAUUCAGUUGAUAAAUACAAUGAAAGUAAACGCAAAACGAAUGUAGACGAAAGCUCUACUAAUAACAAAGAAUCUAAACUGAGUAGGCCUAAAAGUUAUCCAGUUAAAAACAUAGAUUCUCCGGAACGAACACAGAAGGAAACUUCUGAAAACGAUACAUUGCGUAAGGAAAACAAAGAUAAGAGCAGCGUGCAGAAAGAUUCUAAAAUUGCGCGGCCAAAGAGCUAUCCAACUAGUAGUCCGUCCCCAGAAAAGGUUUACAUUAGUCGAGUAAAAAAAGAGGAGAUAACAUCAAACGAUGUCAAGUGUGAAAAGGCAGAAGUAGUCAAACCUUCAAUAACACGUCGCGAUAGCGACGUUGAAGUUAGUUUCAACAUAAGUUUACCUAAAAAACCUAAACCGGUCCCACAAAAAGCUCAUUCUGUUGAGAUAUGCGAAUCUAAUAAUCAAACAAAUGAAGUACUGGUAUUGAAGAAAUAUCAGGUUGUGGGAAACAAUGUCGAUAAUACGGAGAAGCAAAUUGAUGUUAAGGAAAAAGAAGAAAUGCAAGGAAACGGCGCCGUGAUGACGAACGGUGGACCAAAAUUAGACGUGGCUAAAAAUAAUUACGAAGAUGAGGCUAAGGUUAAAGUGAUGAACCACGACUCUAAAAAAGAAGAAGUUAAACUAAAAUCGACAGAUUCUGAGUCCAGUGAAAAGAAGGUUGUUAAGAAAAAGGUGGUUAAAAAAGUUUCUUCGAAAUCAAAGACUGAUGCGACGAGUAGCCAAGAAAGUGACGCUAAACCUACCGUCGAGAAGAAAAAGGUCACGAAAAAGAUAAAAGAGAAGGGUAGUGAGGAUGCUAAAACAACAACCGUCACGAAAAAGAAAUCAGUAUUACAGUCGAUUGGUCAGAAGCUGGAGAAAUUAACAUCGAAUAAAUCUAGCUCGCCCGAUAAAGAAAAGGUGAUUGAUAGCAAAGAAGCGGCGGCAGCUGAUGGAAAGAAGUUAAAUGGCAAAGUAAGCAGAAGCCAGCGGGAACAAUCAGAGCCUACACAUGCGGAGCCCACCACAGAGUCUACCCUCAUCAAACGAGCGGUCACCUUGACCGACGUGGCUGCGCUAGACAGUCCCGUCACCGUCCCUAACAAAACAACAGUAUCUAAAGUGCUAGGGCUAUUCAAGAAGUUUGAACCAAAAGAGAAAGCUCCUAAGGUACUUGUUGACAAACAUCCCACCGAGAAUCUCGAUAUUAUUGAAUCUAAUAAUGUAUCAGAUAACGAAGCAUCUGAUAAGCCAAAGCGACCCACUUCUUUGCUAUUGAAUGGACUUGGACGUAAAAAUAAAUAUGGCAGAACGUCGAGUGAUAGCGUGCCCGCCCUGGCCAACGACGAUCCUGACCUGGUCAAAAAAGAUAGCACAAAACGAAAUAGCCUCAAGCUGGACUUCUCCAGAUUGCCGAGAGUUAAGAAAAUAGUUCCUACAAAUCCUGUGAUAGAACCCCAGAUUGUUUACUCCAUAGACAAAGAGACUGAAGCGAAAGAUGCAGAGAAGAAUGGCAUAGUUCGCGAUGCAGCGGACAUCGUGGCGGAGCCCCGCGCCCGCAGCCGCUCCCGGAGCCGUUCCACUUAUUCCAACUCGGAUAGCAAAACUGAUCUUGGCUCGAAUAGUAAAGUUUCCCACAUCCCGACCUCUCCCACCGAAUACCCGCCGCACCUUCCGUACAGAGAGCUCGAGCCGACCACGCCCGAGAGAGAGGACGUGGAGGAGAGGAUCCGCAGGAAGAGCUUCUACUCGAGGUUCAACGAGAAGAAGCAGCGGAGGAAGAGCACGCUGGUGGGCCCGGGCGCCGCGGAGUACGACCCGGUGGCGCGCCUGCACGACCCCGCGCCGCGCGACCUGUCGCCCCUGUCGCCCGUCGACAUCAGCCCCGCCGCAGACCACCGCUACCGCUCCUUCAUCUCAGAACUACCCGUCAGCCCCAGAAACGCGCUUCGCUUCGACCACUACGGCCUCAGCGACAAAGUCGACAACUAUCGAUCUCUCGAUCGCCACGAGUUGCGAAAGUACCCGCGAAGCUAUCUGGACUACGACCAGCCGGCCUCGUACGGCGCGCACAGAUACGCCCGGACCAUGUCGCUCCUCGACUCCGACCCUACUGAAGACCAUUCCCUCACCCUGCGGGACCCUCACAAGUACAACCGCACCAUAUCCAUGUACUCGCCCGGCAACUACGCCACCUACCGGCCAAACAGAACAACCAGGAACUCCGCCAUUAUACUGAAAGAGAGCGAGAAGGAACCCAGUCCGGAGAACAUUCUAGAAAAGAUAAAAAAUAGGAAAACAAUAUCGAUCAGCGUAACAAGAAAGAAAACCCCAGAAAACGAGACUGUCGACAGAUCCCCUGUCUCAUCUAAAGGCGAAGGCGACGGUGCAGAAUGCUCUGAGAAAGUUGACUGAACGCAACUGUUGAGAACACCGCAGACUAUGUGAUUUAUUUACGCAUUUUAUGGAGAGAAAAAAGAACAUCUAGUUUUAUUAACUCCCAGGUCAGUGUCUUUGUAGUUACCCGAUAGGUUUCCUGUUUUGUUGCUAAUCUUAUUUUUAAGUCACUCUUCGUCUCCAAUCUUGCCAUGUGUUAUCGUUAAUCAUUCGAUAAUUAUAUUAGAAUCUCAAAGUGACAAAAUAGUCGGAAUAAGACUGUCUCUCUUUGUGGCAAAUCUUAGCUCAACUUUGUAAUGUCUUUUAAUAACGUCAUACCCAUUUAAUUCGUAUAUUACCAAUUAUAAGUCAUUUUUAGAUUCAUCAAUAUUAACGCCAUUUUGCUGUGACUCACGAAAGUGCGAUAUAUAGUUGGUUAAAUAUUGAACCCCUACGACGCUAGUAAUAAAAUUUAAACUUCUGGGUAGUCCUUACAAAAAAAUCGGUAGGUGCUACAUACAUACAGUGAUGGGUUGUAUCGUUAAAUUCAUUGUUAGUAAAUAGUUGGCUUAUCCAGGUUAAUAGGAAAUACAUAAUGAGAUCAAAGAAAAUUUUAUGAGAUUAUUAUGGAGUUAUUUAGUUCAUAAAUCGUAACGAUGUUCAUUAUUCAGCCAUGAGACAUGACUUUAAAAUUAUUGCAUAUGCUGCCCAUUUACAGAAGUGAUUGAUUCAUUUACCUACUUAUUUAAGGAAAACCUCUUGGCGAUGAAAGCACUUGUUACAAUUAUCUAUAUUUUAUAUAAAUAACUAAUAAAUAUAUUGAUGACAAAAGAUGUACGCAAAAUAUAUCGAAUUUCUUUGCGAAAUGUUAUUAUAAAUUAUUAUGUGCCUUUGCUAUAAUGAAAUGACUGGAUUUGAUGUAGUCCAUAAUAUAUGGGAUAGGAUGAGAUACGAUAUUUUAUUAUUAUUCGUGUGAUUGCACAAAUAUGUUUUACUCACUAUGAUUUUAAUGUAUUCAUAGUCGUACAGUGUGUUAUUUUGACGCUUAGUCAAGUUUAAGUUUAAAUAUUUUUAUCAAAGUAUUCAAUUGCUAAGUCAAAUUACAGAAAUAAUCGAAUAGAAUGGUGCUUAGAUAAAUAUUUUGUUUGUUUAACUGUAUUUAUAGAAGAAAGUGUUAAAGAAUCUCUUACACCAAAUUUGUAUAUUAUAGCUUGUAAUUUGCGUUUUACUUUUUUAUAAUUAUAGUGCUAGUGAUGCAUAACGUUUGUUAUUUUGUCAAUUAAUUACAUAAAACCAUUUGUUCAGUGUCAUUUGUUUGUUGCCAUCGAAUAUCACUUAGAAUGUAUUAUUGACCAACUGAGUUUGUAACAUUUGAAAGCAAUAUUAUUCAUAUUUAAAUAUUAAAUCUUCAUAUUUAUUUUCCGCGAUUAUUUAUAUGACAUGGUAACAUUUAGAAUUCGGAUUAUUUAUUAGUGUGUGAUGAAUUUCAAUAUUUUUUCUUGUUAUUCGCAGUCGACUGCUCUCACAAGCUGACACUGUGAUUGUUACAAAAUAAUAUUAAAACUUCUAUCACACACGUUUUGUAUUGAAUGUGAAUAAAUUAUAUAGUUGAA